AAAGAAAUAAUAAAAUUGUAACUGCAACUGCAGACAUUCAAGUUUUGACGGGUGUUGUCUGUUUUGAUGUGCAGAUAAUAAAUGGAGUGUAUUAUGUUGAAAAUGUUUUAUUUAUUAUGAACUACAUAAUUGCUCAAUAACAGUGCUUCUGAUAAAUAAAAUAUAAACAAUAGACAAAAAAAUGUGGCGAGCUACUGUUGGAUAUAAUGUGAAUGACACUAAAAAUGGUGAUGGUGGUGAUGAUGACUGGGAAACCGAUCCAGAUUUCAUUAAUGAUGUGACUGAAGAAGAACAAAGAUGGGGCUCAAAGACUGUAGAAGGUUCUGGGAGGACAUCAGCUGCUAUCAACAUUGAAGAAUUAAGAACAAAUGUUGUAAAAGAUGAUGCCGAAUUCAAGAAAAAAGCAUUAGAUGAAAGUAUGAAACCUUCCUAUGGUUAUGGUGGGAAAUUUGGAGUUCAGGCAGACCGAAUGGACAAAUCAGCUGUUGGCCAUGAUUAUGUUGCUCAAGUUGAGAAGCAUGCCUCUCAAAUAGAUGCAGUUAAAGGAUUUGGUGGAAAAUAUGGAGUCCAAGCUGACAGACAGGAUAAAUCAGCUGUUGGUUGGGACCAUCAUGAAAAGGUGGAUAAACAUGCAUCCCAGAAAGAUUAUGCAUCUGGAUUUGGAGGAAAAUUUGGUGUUCAGAAAGAUCGUGUGGAUAGGAAUGCAGUGGGUUGGGAUCAUAUUGAGAAAACAGAAAAGCAUGAGUCUCAAAAGGAUUAUGCCAAAGGUUUUGGUGGAAAAUUUGGUGUUGAUAAAGAUAGACAGGAUAAGUCAGCAGUUGGUUGGGACCAUCAAGAGAAACUUGAAAAGCAUCCUUCUCAAAAAGAUUAUACUUUAGGAUUUGGUGGAAAAUUUGGUAUUCAGACUGACCGCCAAGACAAGUGUGCUGUUGGGUGGCAACAUCAAGAAAAAGUUCCUAAACAUGAAUCCCAGAUUGAUUAUGCUAAAGGAUUUGGUGGCAAGUAUGGUGUCCAGGAAGAUCGCAGAGAUAAAUCUGCUCUUGGAUGGGAAGAAGUCACAAAAGUAGAAGCUCAUCCCUCUCAGACAGAUAUGAAAAAAGGUUUUGGUGGUAAAUUUGGAGUUGAAAGAGAUAGGCAAGACAAAUCAGCUCAUUCCUUUUCUGAAGUGGAAAAACCCCAAUCAAGCUAUCAGAAAACACGGUCUGAAUCAAUUGGUUCUACUAAAGCUAGCAGCUUAAGGGCUCGUUUUGAAAAUAUGGCCAAAGCUGAAGAAGAGGAAGCUCGCAAGCGAGCUGAAGAAGAGCGAGCCAAGAGAAUUGCACGAGAACAAAAAGAGAAAGAGAUUGCAAAGAAAGCUGAAGAGGAGAGGCAAAGGAAGUUAAGCCUACAAGAAGAUCAAGAUGAUUUUGAGGAACCGAAGGAACCAACAGUAGCUCCUACGGUUCGCACUUCAUCUGUAGGUGUUCCUACUCCUCUGCUGCAGGCUGCAACAACUGCAAAGAAUGCAUCACCUGAACAGACAUUUCAAUACACACCUCCUCAGCCACCACCUGAAUUUGAAAAUGAACCUAUCAUUGAAACAAAGCAACCUAUUAAAAAAGUUGAAGAAGUAUCUUUCUUGGAUUCCCCAGAAGAUGCUGAAUCAGAAUUAUUUAAACCUCCUCAAUGUUAUGCUGAACCAGCAUAUGAAACUCUAGAACAAGUGGAAGAAGAAUUAUAUGAAGUGCCUGAAAACUCUGGUGUAUCAGCAGUUGCUCUAUAUGAUUAUCAAGCUGCUGAUAGUGAUGAAAUAUCUUUUGAUCCAGAUGACAUAAUCACUAAUAUUGAAAUGAUUGAUGAAGGUUGGUGGCGUGGAGAGUGCAGAGGCCAAAUAGGACUUUUCCCUUCCAAUUACGUCCAACUCCUUCAGCAAUAACUUAAAAUUUCAUAGUUGCAUCUUUUAAUUGAGACAACUGUUUCAAAUAUGACUUCCUUUCACAAUAUUUUAUCAAUCUAUUCUACUUUGUGAUGGAUGGUGACAAAACAGUUGGUUUCAGUACUACAUAAUCAUUGAUUUUGCAUACUUUUGUUUAAUCAGUUAUUUCUUAUAUCAUACUGGGUAUGAUUUUUUUUAUCCAUUGUUUUUUUAAACUCUUUUUACAGAUCUUGAAUCAUUGCGCAUUAAGCUUUUUUUAUAAUCAUGUGGCAAAUUCUGUGUUAUGUAUUUGAUAAUUUUCUUUUAAUUUGUUAAAAAAAGUAUAAAAAUUUCUUUUUCGACAAAAGUUACAAUUCUUGUUUUUGGAUUUUUAAUUCACAACAGAACAAGAAUAGCAUAUUUCUAGAUAAUGUAUGCUAGACAUAUAAGCAGUUAAUAUUCACAUUAAUUCACUCUUUUAUACUAGUCAUUUAAUCAAAUAAUUUUGUUCUCUUUUGAUUUGCAGUCUAAUUUUAGUACACUUCAUGAAUUUUUGAGUGAGCCAACUUAGUAUAUUGAUUCCAAUUAGAUCGGUGCCAGAAUUAGCAAGACUACACAAUCUUUUUUUUUUAUAGAAAAUUUUAUAUAAAUAGCAUUAAAUUCUUUGAAAGAAGAAAAAUACUAUUGUGUAUAUAUAGAUUUAUUAUUUGGUAAUGUUUGGUUUAUAUGACAUCUACAGUUUUCAGCUGAUUAAAAAUAUUCUGAAAAUAUGUUUUCUUAACUGAGCUUGAAAAUUCAAAAUUAUACUUUAAUUAGAGUUGAAACAACACAAUAUAUUAUAUUCAGCUGAUUGGAACUUAUUGCAUUUAUAACUAUUAUUAGAUGAGCUACUAUAAACAGUUUUAUUGAAUCAUAAAGGCAGUUUGAAUUGAUACUUGAGAAAAUUUUUUGGUUUUCUUUCUUUUAAUAAUUAGUUUUAAAAGUAAUCUUUGUAACACUUAUAACUCAUAAGUAUAUUACUUAUGUAAAUUAAAAAAAAACAAACACUGAAAGAUUACUAAAUGGAAUUUAUAUAGAUCAAAUUUUUUUUCAUAACAAAGAAAUAGCAUUUUCUAUCUAUUGGAGGAAGUUGCAACUAUUGGUUACACAAUAAAUAACAUACAUUCCAAUUAUAGUGUACUUAAUAUCAUCAUAGUACCAAUCUUUUGUGUUGACUGUUAAUGUAAAUUUAACUGAAUUAUUUAAUUUUUGUUAUUUGGAUUAUGAAUGUCUUGGAUGCAAGUAUUUGAUAUAUACAUUUCAUGAAGCAUUUUUUAGUUGUUUUUUUUAAACUAUAUAACUUGCUGUUACUUUUAAAUGCUUCCUAUUAUUCAUACUAACAAAUAAUUAAUUGGAACAAUAUUUAAACAUUUUAAAUUAUAAUAAAUAUCAUGCUUAUCAUGUAUAAUGAUUGAAAAUUCAGAUAAGUUUAUAAUCAAAUAAGUAUUCUAUUAACAUAUAAUAGUGUUUUUGAAAGUUAAAAAUAUAACUUCAUGUUUCUCCUAAUCCUAAAGUUUAAAACAAAUUGUGAUUUAUUUAAAAAAAUUAUUUAUGAAAGUUCCUUAUAAAAGCAAUCCUCUAUUUUAAGAAUUGUUAAUUUAGAAUUAAUACUUCUAACUUUGAAAUAGAUAUUAAUGUUUUGAUGUAUAAUAGAUUUUAAUCUUUAAUUUGAAUCAAGUGUAAUGUUACCUGUAUUAAAAAUGCCCAAAUAAGAGCUUUAUGCAAUCAGAUAAACCAUUAGGAAGGGUAUUAUAAUAAAAUCUCUUCAUACUUGUAUGAACAGAUUAGAAGAUAAAUUGUACAGAAAAUUAUUUUCUUAGUGUCAAAUAAUGAAAUACAUAUUUAUUGUUGAAUGUAGUUAAGUUUAUGAAAUUUUAAUAAGAAUUAUGUGUGAAAUCCAUCAUAUUGUAAAUGAAUUUUGGAUAAUUAGAAAUUGAUUCUAUCCCUUUAUUAUUUGACAAGUAAAAUAAAAUGGUUGUGUAUGAUGUGUGUUCUGUAAAAUGUUUGAGAAAUUAAAAGUUUG